GGACACUCAACCAUGAUGAUCCACACAGCCAGCAGAUCGCAGCAGCCGAACAUGGCAGGUACCAUGGAUGCACCGAGUCCUUGUACUUUGUAUUGCUUCACACCACUGCAGGUACAUGCUUCAGCACAGAAUCGGCCCCUUGUCAGUGAAGUAUUGAAUAGCAUUAUUGCAACCCUGUACGAGGCACGAGGGCUCGAAUCCAAACAGAUCUCAGCCCCGAAGCUUAGGCAACGGUUUCACGCAGGCAACACUCCACCCUUCCCUAGGCAGGUCACUACUUCGUCAUGCUAUCUUAAGUAGGACGUUAAACUUCCGUUUCUUAUUCAUUGAAGUGCUGGUACAAUCACCUCAAUUCUCAUAGCACAAUGUCUAGCGCUGGGCUCAGUCCACUUCCUCGAAUUCUACGCGUACCCAGGUCCGAUGAACCUGACAGACUUGUGCUGCUCCAUGUCUCGCCCCCUGGUCCAGCUCCACUGGACUUUAACCUUGCUGCGACCGAAGGAGAAAUUGCAUACAAUGGGGUCGUGCGACAGGCUCAGCUGCAGACUUACCGUUCCAAGAAUUACCAGGGAACCCAUGAAGACUGGACUCAAAUCAUGUUGUAUGCCUUGGGACAGCUAGAAACCUCUACCAAUGGGUCGGAGUUGCUAUCUGGGGUUGAGCUAUCGGCUAGCAUCGCUAGACGGGGUAGCGAAGGUAAUGAGUUGAUCAUGGUUAUUCGCAGAAGGAUUAAUACCAUAACACAAAGGCUCGGUUCUAUAGUUUUGAGAGAGGAUGACGAGCAAGCCAUCCAGCUCUUCGACUGGUCCGCUGUAGCCGUCACAAGGGCCGACUUCCUUGAGCAGCGGCUGUCAACAUUGCAGCAACACUACCAUACAGCUGAGAACACAAUCAACCAGCUAAACAGCCAAAUUGAGGAGUUGAUUAGUUCUAAGAUCCGUCAUGAAGACCAGCUAAUGAUAGCCUUCGCGCAAGUGUUAAACCAGAAGAAGCUUAAAAUUCGCAAUCAAGAACGCCUGCUAGCUUCGGCGAAGGUUGAUAUGGAUGAGGUUGGCAAUGAUCGGGCGGCAUCAUCGAGUAUUGAUGAAACCAUCAGGGAUACUAGGCGUGUGAAACGUGGUAUCUCGAGAAUAAGCGAUGGAUUUGGAAGCGGCGACGGCUUUGAAAGAUUGGGAGUUCGGACCAAGCAUCGCCCUAGCUUCUUAGCAACAGAUACGGAUGAUGAGCCAAUUUCCACUCCACAGCCGUUGGAGGAAGAAGAUGAUACAACUGAUGAGGAUAUGUCCGCGUCAUCCAAUGUUGAGUGGAGAGAAAGAGGAGAGCAUACUCCGAUAAAAGCCCACAAUAGCCCUAGGACGCAGAGACGGUCUCCUCCUCCACGAAGAGAGCUCCCAUUUACCAGGUCGUCAGAAUCAAGAAACGACACCGUACGGAAGCUACAGCAUCAACAGGACAGUAUUGGAGAAAGCGCAGGAGAGACAGACGAUGAUGAGCUGUGAUAUUACCGUUGUCUAGAAAAUGAUGUCCCGGGAUUCGCUAGAAUGCAGCGGGAGAGAUUAGUAUAGGCAUCAAUAUCUAUUUUUGUUCCGAGCUCUCGAUAGUCAUGCUAGUACCUGUGAUAGAGAUCAAUUGAUGCUAUUC